GCCGCGUGGACAAUAAAGCUGAGUCCAGGUCAGAGUUGUGAAAGAUCCCCAGCAGCUACUUGCUCACCCACCUCUUGCUCCACUGCAGCCAGCAUGAGCUCCAUGGUCUGGGGCCUGGUCACGGACUUCUUCACCUACGAGACCACCAAGUCGGUGGUGGUGAAGAGCUGGUCCGUGGGCAUCAUCAACCGCGUCGUGCAAGUCCUCAUCAUCGCUUAUUUUGUCGGCUGGGUGUUCAUCCAUGAAAAAGCCUACCAGUUGACGGACACCGGCAUCGAGUCGUCCGUCAUGACCAAAGUCAAGGGCUUCGGCCGGCAUCAUCAGCGCAUCAUGGACGUGGCCGACUACAUCUUCCCACAACAGGGAGCGGGUAUCUUCUGCAUCAUGACUAAAGUCAUCAUCACUGAAAAUCAGUUCCAAGGGAAAUGUGCAGAGACUGGAAAGAUGUUUAACUGCACAACAGACAACGACUGUGAAAAACAUAAGCCCUCCAUCCUCACUAAUGGAAAGAUCACAGGAACUUGUCUCACCAACUUGACGGGGUCCAACGGCGCGUGCGAGAUCGAGGGAUGGUGCCCGGCCGAGAACGACAGAACCCGCCUCGAGCCCAUGAAAGACGUGGUGGACUUCACCAUCUUCAUCAAGAACAGCAUCCGCUUCCCUCUCUUCGACAUCACCAGGGGGAACUUCCCAUCCAACAUGACGUCCAGUCAGAUCAAGAGCUGCACAUACCACCCGGAAAACAACACGUCCUGCCCCAUCUUUCGUGUAGGAGACGUGCUGGAUUACACCGGGCAGAACAUCACCAGCCUCCUGGAUAAGGGUGGUGAAAUAGGAAUAAACAUUGAGUGGAAGUGUAAUCUGGAUCUAGAUAUAGAAUAUUGUGUUCCCAAGUACUCUUUCACCCGCCUGGAUGAACCUUUUAAGAAGAACGCUGUCUCUCAGGGCUUCAACUUCAGAUUCGCCAAAUAUUACAAGACGGAGAACAAUACCGAAUUCCGGACGCUGCACAAAGUGCACGCCAUCCGCUUCGACGUCAUGGUGACUGGAGCAGCAGGAAAGUUUAACAUGGUCCCGACAUUGAUCAACCUGGUGGCUGCCUUCACUUCCAUCGGUCUGGGUACGGUUCUUUGUGACCUCAUCCUGCUCAACUUCCUGAAAGGAGCGGCCCAGUACAAGGCGAAGAAAUUUGAGGAGGUGUCGGAGGCUCAGAUCGAGGCGUCCCUGGCCCGCAGCCUCAGCAGCCAGCUGUCCCUCAAAGAAGGUAUGAAGUGUUCCUGCGACUCUGGUGCCAUUUCUCUGGCCACUGCCGACCAGCCCAUCUGACCCAGACUCUUAAAGGGACAGUCCUCUCGCUACCUGCUCCAAUCCUUGAAAAGCGUUUCCGCACUUUUCCUUCCACGAGCUUAAGGAAUGGUGUCUCUGGACUGCAUUUCUCCAGUAGUAUCUUCCACAUGAGGAGGACAAGUGAUGACAUAAAUCAUGGUCCCAUUAACCUCGCAUCUAAUAGACAAUGUCUCAUUUGUGGUGAUAUCUAUCAACAUGAGGGUGGUCCCAAAAAGGAGGCAUUUUUCACACUGAUUGUGUGUCUCUUUUAAAAGUCAACAUAUGAAAUAACAAGUGUGUGUAAACAUUUGAAGUGCUCCCCGUUUGGUCAACAUGUGUAAUAACAAGUGUGUGUAAAAAAAUGUAAAUGUGCCCCCUUUGGCCAAAAUUAAUUUUAAUUUAAAAAAAAAGUAUAUAGAGACAUACUGUAAUAACUUGAAAUAAAUAUCGAUGAUUAAAAACCAACUACAAACAAAAAAAUUCUAAAAAUAAAUAAAUGAACUAAAAGCA